AUGGCAGAACCAAUCGGACUCAUCGCCUCGAUAGCCUCGAUCCUGCAGAUCACGGGCGCAAUAGCCGCGUACAUCCACAGCGUUUCCAGCGCGCCCUCCACACUGGCGCUGCUCACCAGCGAGCUGGAGACACUAUCCUCUGUCCUCACGUCUCUGCACUCGCUCGCCUCAUCCCCCUCCGACGGAAGCCGAGGAAUCGCCGGGCUCGAGGGCGUGCUGCAGGAUUUCUGGAAGGAGCUGGCGGGGGUGCGCGAGGAAUUGGGCGGCGCACGAGGCGCAAGGGAGAAGUGGCGGUGGCCGUUCAAGGAAAAGGAUACGAGGGGCUUCUUCGUCAGGGUCAGGAACGUGUGUGCUCUGGCGGCUACGGCGCUGGCCGUGGAUCAAUUUAAGUUCUCGCAGGCGUUGCGCGAGUAUGCGUUGAAUACGGAUCUUUCCCUGGCGGCGCUGGAGAUCGGCGAGGAAUGUGAGAGAAGGGAAAAGGUGCUGGAAUGGAUCAGUACUGGCGAUGCGGCGAAGAGGAGGCAUGCCGAUGUCAGGGAACGGAGGACGGAUGGGAGUGGGGCGUGGUUGCUGGAGAGUCCAGAGUUUCUGAGGUGGAGAGAUGCCGAGGGCGGGGGAGUAUUGUGGGGGAGGGUAUUCGUGGCUGGAGCUGGGAAGACAUUUCUUGCAUCAGUGGUAAUAGACCACCUCCUCACCGCCUUCCCGGAUUCCGGAUUGGCAUACAUCUACUUCGACUACAAGUCACCAGACUCAAGGGCUCUCACCGUCCUCUCCUCGAUUGUGAAGCAAUUGAUCCAGCGGCAGCUGCCUCAGUUCCCUUCAGCACUCGAAGAGCUCUACAACACCCGCACACGACCGGGGCUAGAAAAGGUGUACACCGUGCUGCUAGAGAUCAAACAGCUCUUCCCGGGUGUGGUCUACAUCGUAGCCGAUGCAUUGGAUGAAUGCGAGCCGCAGAGGAGGGGGGACGUACUGGAGCCGCAGAGGAGGGGGGACGUACUGGAGCCGCAGAGGAGGGGGGACGUACUGGAGCUACUCAAUCGUAUGGCGAGAGAUGGCGUUCGGAUACUCGCCACCUCCCGUCCGUACCCCGAGGACAUAGCGGAAGUGCUUGCUGAAGCACAGAAGGUGGAGCUCUCUGCGCGCGCCGAGGACCUGCGCGGAUAUGUGCAGGCUCGCAUCAACGAUAGUGGCAGGGCGCAGAAAUUGAUCAGGGGGAGUAAAUAUGAAUCUGAGAUCAUCGACUCACUCGUGGAAUCUGCGAAGGGGAUGUUCCUCCUUGUGCAAUUCCAUAUCGACCACCUGUGUCAGCUCACAACAGUGCGGCAAGUGCAUCAGGAACUGCAAAGACUCCAGGACUCGACUGUCACCGGUGACGGCGAGGACCGCCCACUGGACCCCACCUACAACCGCGCAAUGACGCUCCUCCGUAGUCAAGGCCGCUUCGAAAUCGGACUGGCUAUGAGAAUCCUGACCUGGCUGACCAAAGCCUGCCGCACCCUCUCCAUCGCCGAGCUGUGCAUCGCAGUAGCACUGGAACCCGGCGAGUUCGAGCUCGAUCCCGACGAGGAUCUGGCCAAUCCCUCGACUCUUGCGGACGUCUGCGCGGGCCUUGUCGAGAUCGACGAGACCGGCGGCACAGUGCGGCUGGUGCACUACACGGUGCAGGAAUAUCUCCUCCGGAAACAGGUCCUCAACGAGUAUGGCGGCGAUAUGCUGCUGGCCGCAGGGUGUAUAACGUACCUCUCGUUCGACGCCUUCUCGAUUCUAGCCGCGCACGAGAAUUCGCACGCACAGAACCUGCGGAUCAUGGAAGAAGACCCACUGCUCGAAUAUGCAGCGCAGAACCUGCAGCACCACCUAUCAUUUCCCACCUCUUCCCCCAACACCACCACCACCACCUCUUCCCCCAACACCAUCACUCGCGCCCUCACAACCUUCCUCCACCGCCCCGGCUGUGUAUCCACCUAUUUCCGCACGCUAACCCUGCCCACGCGCGAAUACUAUAUCUACCGCUCCCUCUGUCUUUACCCCCUCUGCAGCGCCGCAGUCCUUGGACACCUCCCCACGGUGCAGUCCCUCCUCUCCCCCUCCCCAUCCCCCCCCAACACGCGCACGCCCCUCUCCUGGGCCGGGCGGGCCGGGCACCUGUCGAUCGUCCAGCUCCUAUCCUCCACGCACCCGCCGGACAUCAACGCGGCCGACACGCACGGCAAACCCCCGCUGUCACAAGCCGCACACUUCGGGCACGCAGACUGCGUGCGCUUCCUGCUCUCCCGCGGCGCGGCGGUGGACAGCAUGGAUAUCGACGGCUGGACUGCGCUGCUGUGGGCGGCGCAGGCGGGGCGAGCGAAGGUCGUCGCCGCGUUACUGGACGCUGGUGCGGAUGUCGAGGUCGUGGAUAGGGCCGGGUGGGGGCCGUUAUCAUGGGCGGCGGCGGGCGGGCAUGACAAAGUGGUUAGAAUGCUGGUACAAAGGGGCGCCGGGGUCGAUAAGAUAGCGUUUCCGGCGGCGAAACCGUUGCUGGAUUGGGCGAGUGAGAGGGGGGAGGAGGAGGUGUAUCAAGUGCUGUUGAGGAGGUGGAGGGAGUGUGAGAAGUCUUAG